AUGUCCUACUUCAUGUCUCCACAAACUCAUCUGGGGCUUCUGUCUUCUGGCCAAGGUGGGGCUGCUGCUUCGGGUCCGUCCCUUGGUCUCUAUAGUUCUGCAGAGCCAGUGGUGGUGGCGUCUGGUGGAUUAGGUCCACUCAGCCAGAAAACUGAGCAGGUGGUACCUGCUGCCCAGGUCUGGGGCCCUACCUUGGCAGUGCCUGAAGCCAGGGGCUGCUCUGGGGGUGCUAGCUGGGAGACACCGCGGAAGGAACACAACCGAUACUGCCCCAAAUUGCCCCCCAUGAGGCAGCUGGAGACCUUGAGCUGGGUAGACCCCUGCUCCCGAAGCAGAGUUCCCCACCUGGGUGGCCCUAGCAGGCCCCGGCCCCUGCUGCUGUGUGGGCUGUCACCAGGGGUUCUGACGAUGUCCUCCUCCGAGGCAGGGGGGAAGGAGGCUGGCUCCCAACCUGACAUCUGCAUCCUUACCCUAGCCAUGAUGAUUGCGGGCAUCCCCACCGUGCCUGUUCCAGGCCUGCGGGAAGAGGACCUGAUCCGGGCAGCUCAAGCUUUCAUGAUGGCCCAUCCAGAGCCAGAGGGGGCUGUGGAGGGGGUGCAGUGGAAAAGGCACAUGCCCACAUGGCCUCUGGACAGAUGCCUCUAGUGAGAUCCAGGAGGGACUCCUGCUUGUCGCCAGACGAAAUAGCAUGAGAUACAUAGGGUGGCUUCUCCGUAUGGUUUUUGGGCAGAUAAGGUUGGGGAUGGCUAUGGCAGGGAUGGGAAGAGGGUGUGGGUAACUGAGCCAUCUUGAUAAUUGCACUGCUUUGUUGGGACCCCCUCCCCCCCUGCAUGAGGUACCACCCAGAGAGAUCUGACCAGGUUAAAUGAAGUUACCUAGGUAGAAAGCCCUAUUU